CCUAUCGCUUAAAUUACGAAGUUGUGUGGAUGUAAGAGAUCAAACAGCCUGUCAAAAGCAUUCAAGCUUUGACAAUGACAAUGUUGCAGAGUAUAUCAGCAACUAGGACAGAAAUAAAUGAAAGGAUAGGCAAAGAAAAUAUCCAAUACCCAAAAUGUGCCUUUAUGUACCAGAAUAUUCAUCUAUCUGUUACUCGCUUGUAAAUCUCAAUUUAAGUAACAUUUAAUGACUAACCUAUCUCAUAUCUAUGAAUUCUUAUUAUCUGCGCUGGUUAACUUCUUACUAAGUUCAGCUAUUUACAUCAGCAGCCUUAAAUGUUGAUUUACUCAUCUAAUGCUGGCGUUGAUUUGUUUGGUUAGUUGUGUGGAUGGAGAAGAGGAGGGAAGUAGCUGAACUCGAGGCAGCGACUUCAAAUUCUAAAAUUCUAAGCUGUUAUACAACUCAGUAUGCAAGGUCAGGGAAACCAGAGUGUUUUGAAGGCUAAGAACUCUUCCAUGAAUGUCCAAUUGUUAAUGGAAGCUUGGAAAGGAUGUCUCAUGUCAAUGGGUAUCUGCAGUCGAUACAUUAUCUAGUCACAAUGCAAACAGGUAUAUCCCCCAUGUCAAAGCCGAGUUGAAGCAAAGAGUGUUCUUCGAAGUUGAGAGCACAUUUGGAAAUAGACUGCUGCAAAUGGGAAGGUCGCCUUGCUGUGACAAAGUGGGGUUGAAGAAAGGGCCAUGGACACCUGAAGAAGACCAAAAACUUUUGGAUUAUAUUAAAGAACAUGGCCAUGGAAGCUGGCGUGCCUUGCCUUCUAAAGCUGGGCUCCAGAGAUGUGGCAAGAGCUGUAGACUGCGAUGGAUUAAUUAUCUUCGACCUGACAUUAAGAGAGGCAAGUUCAGUUUGCAAGAAGAACAGACCGUUAUUCAACUCCAUGCUCUUUUAGGGAACAGGUGGUCGGCCAUUGCCACUCACUUGCCUAAGAGAACUGAUAAUGAGAUAAAAAAUUAUUGGAAUACACAUCUUAAGAAAAGAUUGGCUAAAAUGGGAAUUGACCCAGUAACCCACAAGCCCAAGAAUGACGCUUUGCUCACCGGUGAUGGCCAGUCAAAAAGUGUGGCUAAUUUGAGCCACAUAGCUCAGUGGGAAAGUGCUCGGCUUGAAGCUGAGGCAAGGCUUGUGAGAGAAUCAAGGCUACGUAGUAAUGCACAUUCUUCACUACAACAACUUGCAAAUCCUCCUUGUUUUGCAGCUUCUUCAUCUUCUACUUCCACCUCAGCUCCGCUUUUGAGAAAAUCGGAGCAACCUGCAAUGGCUUCCCGAUCGCUUGAUGCGUUAAAGGCUUGGAACAAUGGGUGGUCUAGAUCCACUGAAGGAAACGGUGGCAUCCUGGGCCGUGGAACUGGUGGCGACCUUGAAUCUCCUACCUCGACGUUGACUUUCUCAGAGAACGUACCGCCAAUUAUGGUGAGAGGCGGGGGCGGGGAGAAUUCAGUAGCCAUGAUUGAGUUUGUGGGAAGCUCAAGCUCCUGUGAUCAGGGUGGAAUAAUGAGGGAAAGAGAGUGGAAGGAAGAGGGAAUUGGAAAUCCAAGCCAAUUACCAGAAUACAAAGAGGGUUUUGAGAAUUCAAUGUCGUUUACAUCUCAUGAAAUGACAUUGUCGAUUGAAGCAACAUGGACAGCUGAAUCAUUGAGAACAAGUGAUAAUGGCAUUGCUGAAGAAGGCUUCACUAAUCUUCUUCUAAACAACACAGAUGAAAGAAGACAAUCUGAUGGAGGUGGAGAUGAGUCUGAAAAUGGAAGUGGGAGUGGAACAGAUUAUUAUGAAGAUAACAAGAAUUACUGGAAUAGCAUUCUUAAUUUGGUCAAUUCUUCUCCCUCUGAUUCUUCAAUGUUCUAAAAUAAGGGUUCGAAUUUAUGUGUGAGGCUCAACAUCCAAUUUAGCAGCGAGUUUCAAUAGGGAAAAAUGGUGGAAUUGAAGGGACCAAACUCUUUGCAGAUUCUAGUUGCUUCCAAAAGUGUCAAACUCGUAAACCUGUAAUAAAUUGAUUGAAAAUGCUGCAGAGUUUCUCCAACUAUGUUGGUUCUUCAACCGCCAUACUUAAAUUUGCUUCUGUACAAUUGGGCUAAAGCUUGUUAUAAAAUCAUCACAA